UUUUUGGGUUUUCUUUGUUCUUCUUUCUCUAGUUGCUUUUAGUGUAGGGCUAGAUUGUUUAUUUGAGAUUUUUCUUGUUUCUUGAGAUGAGAUUGAAUUGCUAUAAACUUUCCUCCUAGAAUUGCUUUUACUGCAUCCCAUAGGUUUUGGGUCAUUGUGUUUUCAUUGUCAAUUUUUUCUAUGAAUUUUUAAAAUUUCUUCUUUGAUUUCUUCAGUGACCUCUUGGUUAUUUAGUAGUGCACUGUUUAGCCUCCUUGUAUUUGUUUUUUACAAUUUUUUUCCUGUAAUUGAUUUCCAAUCUUAUAGCGUUGUGGUCAAAAAACAUGCUUGAUACGAUUUCAAUUUUCUUAAAUUUUUUGAGGAUUGAUUUGUGACCCAAGAUGUGAUCUAUCCUGGAGAAUGUUUCGUGUGCACUUGAGAAGAAAGUGUAUUCUGCCACUUUGGGGUGGAAUGUUCUAUAAAUAUCAAUAAGAUCUAUCUUGUCUGUUGUGUCAUUUAAAGCUUGAGUUUCCUUAUUUAUUUUCUGUUUGGAUGAUCUGUCCAUUGUUAAAGUCCUCUACUGUUAUUGUGUUACUGUCGAUUUCUCCUUUCAUGGUUGUUAGCAUUUGCCUUAUGUAUUGAGGUGCUCCUGUGUUGGGUGCAUAAACAUUUAUAAUUGUUUUGUCUUCUUCUUGGAUUGUUCCUUUGAUCAUUAUGUACUGUCCCUCCUUAUCUUUUGUAACAGUCUUUAUUUUAAAGUCUAUUUUAUCUGAUAUGAGUAUUGCUACUCCAGCUUUCUUUUGAUUUCCAUUUGCAUGGAAUAUCUUUUUCCAUCCCUUCACUUUCAGUCUGUAUAUGUCCCUAGGUCUGAAAUGGGUCUGUUGUAGACAACAUAUAUAUGGGUCUUGUUUUUGUAUCCAUUCAGCCAGUCUGUGUCUUUUGGCUGGGGCAUUUAAUCCAUUUACAGUCAAGGUUAUUAUCGAUAUGUAUGUUCCUAUGACCACUUUCUUAAUUGUUUUGGGUUUGUUUUUGUGAGUCUUUUUCUUCUCUUGUAUUUCCUGCUUCAAGAAGUUUCUUUAGCAUUUGUUGUAAAGCUGGUUUGGUGGUGCUGAAUUCUCUUAGCUUUUGCUUGUCUGAAAAGCUUUUGAAUUCUUUAUUGAAUCUGAAUGAGAUUCUUGCUGGGUAGAGUAAUCUUGGUUGUAGGUUUUUCUCUUUCAUCACUUUAAGUAUAUCCUGCCACCCCUUCUGGCCUGCAGUUUCCACUGAAAAAUCAGCUGAUAACCUUAUGGGGAUUCCUUUAUAUGUUAUUUUUUGUUUUUCCCUUGCUGCUUUUAAUAUUUUUUCUUUGAAUUUAAUUUUUGUUAAUAUGAUUAAUAUGCGUCUUGGUGUGUUUUUCCUUGGGUUCAUCCUGUAUGGGACAUCCUGUAUGGGACUUGGGUGACUAUUUCCUUUCCCAUGUUAGGAACGUUUUCAACUAUAAUCUCCUCAAAUAUUUUCUCAGACCUUUUCUUUUUCUCUUUGUCUUCUGGGACCCCUAUAAUUCAAAUGUUGUUGCGUUUAGUGUUGUCCCAGAGAUGUCUGAGCUUGUUCUGGAUUCUUUUCAUUCUUUUUUCUUUAUUCUGCUCCUCAGCAGUUAUUUCCACCAUUUUGUCUUCCAGCUCACUUAUUCAUCCUUCUGCCUCAGUUAUUCUGUUAUUGAUUCCUUCUAGUGUAUUUUUCAUUUCAGUUAUUGUGUUGUUCAUCUAUGUUUGUUCUUUAGUUCUUCUAGAUCUUUGUUAAACAUUUCUUGUAUUUUCUCAAUCUGUACUUCCAUUCUGUUACUGAGAUUCUGGAUGAUUUUUACUAUCAUUACUCUGAAUUCUUUUUCAGGUAGAUUGCCCAUUUCCUCUUCAUUUAUUUGGUCUUGUAGAUUUUUACCUUGCUUCUUCAUCUGUGGCAUAUUUUUUGCCAUCUUAUUUUUUUUUUUUGAGUGAAAUUGUGCUGCUAUUUUACUGGUUGUUUGGCCUGAGGCUCCCAACACUGGAGUUUGUAGGCUACUGGGUAGACCUGAGAUGGGUCUUGGUGCUGAGAUGGGGAGCUCUGUGCGACCUCACUCCUGUGAAUAUUCCCUGGGGUCUGAAGUUCUCUGUUAGUCCAGUGUUUCAGACUUGGAGCUCCCACCGCAGUAGCUUCUGCCUAACCCCAGGCUUGCGAACCAAGAUCCUGCAAACUGGUUCACUCUGGGGUUCCUCCUGUCUCCUUGGGCAUUAGAAUAUACCACCAGCGGCCGGCAGGCUCCCUAGUUGUGGGGGGACGCUAACUCCACAUCUUCCCACACCACCAUCUUGACUCUGCCUCUCUGGAUUGAUUUUUAUAUGUUCUGCUUGCGAUUGUUUUUUUGUUUGAUUUUUUGUUUAUUUGUGCUUCUUGAGUCUAAAGAUUUUAUUCUCAUCAGUUACGGAAGACUCUCAAGUAUUAUCUCUUUGAAUGUAACAUUUUGCACAUUGUCUUUAUUAUAUCUUUGUGGUAUUGCAGAUAUUAGACCUUUUUAUUCUGUUUUCUUUAUUUCUUGUCCUCUCUUUCAUAUUAACCUUAUUUUUUCACUCUAAUCUUAAUUCAGAUCUAUAGUCAGUUUGCUAAUUUUUUUUUUUGCUGUAUGUGGGCCUCUCCAGUUUGCUAAUUUUCUCCUCAGCUUUGUCUAAUUUUCUUUUAUCUAGUUUGCUCCACCCCCAGCUGUGAGCCAAGGCCCAUAAUGAUAGUUAACCUUGUCAUCUCAUCUUCCUUUGCCAGCUGAUAAGACUUCUUUCUGUGACACCCUUAUGCUAAUGUUGUAGCCUUCAAGGUUCUAGGUUUAUUCAGAAAAUUAAGUUCCAGCGUCUCAUCUCAUGGGCUCCAUAGGGGACUUUGUCUUCAGGGGCUUCAGUGCUUACCUACUACUAAUAUUUACUUCUUCCUCCUUGUUUCUGUCUCCUGAGGAUUUUCCUUCCAUUUUUACAAUCUAAGCUCUGUAUUUAAAAGGGCAUUUGUUGUAGUUUAUCCAGUAUUUCAAGGUGUUAUUAUAAAUGUGUAGGCCUCCAUAUUAAUGGAAGUGGUUCAUGUCUUUUUAGGAUGAAGGGGGAAAAGCUUUAUGGUAUUAAAUGGACUUUAGUAAUGGAUCUCCUAUUAAUAUUUUUGGCUAAUAUUUUAUAUCAUGAUCAUUCUUAACCAUUAAUAUUAAAUUAGAGUUGGCUAUAGUAGGUAGUCAGUCCUCAGUAUCUGCAGUUUGUAGUAAAUUUCAGGUUUAAGGGAAACUGAAAUCAUUCUUUAAAAACAACAAUGAAUAUAUAAAUUAUAUGAAUUCAUCUAAAAUAGUUGGCUUCUUAUUUCAGCUUUUAACAAUAGUGACUUUUUCUACAGAGACAGCAAUUCUAUUUGGGAGAUGAUUUGAAAAAUAAAAAAAUCAUUACCUUUUUCUUUAUUUCCAUCUAUCUCAGUGAUUCAGGUUCUCUGCAGGGUUCGAUUUUGCUCCCCUCCCCAGGUAGCAUUUGACAAUGUCUGGAGAAAGUUUUGGUUAUUGUAAUUCGUAAAACAGAGGGGUUGCUAGUGUCAUCUAGUGGGUAAAGCCAGGAAUGCUUAUAAACUUCGUAGAAUACAUAAGACAUCCCCCACAACAAAGUAUUAUCUAGCCCAAAAUAUCAGUAGUGCUUAGGUUAAAAAACCCUAUUUAUAAAAGGAGCUAUAAUUUUCUCAGUUACCUAGCUGAAAUUGAUAAAUCUUACUUAAAAAUGUAACAUAUAUGAUACAUUAAAACUACCCAGAAAUUCAUACACAUAUACUUAUUUUCUUAACAAUUCUAGUUAUAUCUGUUGUUGAUGAAAAAUACUCAUGGUAGCAAGUCAUCCCUCUCAUUAUCCCUAAAUAUAAGGUGUUAAAUUAAAACCAUGAAGCCUUUGAGAGAUGAACAAGGUUAAUUUAUGGUUUAGCUUUGGUAAAUAAUCGAAUAAUGCUUAUUUUCUGAUAGUGAUAUAAUCAAACUAACAGUUAGCUCUUUAUAUAGUGUAUGUGUGCCUUUCAAAAAAAUGAACCCUGCAUCCUUUAUAAAUGUCCCAAAGAAAUACAGAAUCAGGGUUUAAAAAAAAAGGAUUUUACCUUUUUCUAAAGGGCAGAAAACACAUAGAAUCAUUCUUAAUAGUGAUUUAAUCAUGAUAUAAAGCAGUUGGUUUUGAAAUAAUCCACAUUGCUUUGUCAGAUUCAUGUGCAUUACUUCAUAUUUGUUUUUGCUUGUGUCAUGAAAAUGGAAGAUUUGUGAUAUUGCUUAUUUGGGUCUUAUUCCCAUUAUAUUUUUGUCGUUUUUAAUUAAAAAUGUUUAAUCUUAAAAUAGUUUUAGACUUAAAGAGAAAUUGCAGAAAUGUACAGAGAUUUCUUUUAUUCCCUUUACCAAGCUUCUCCUAAUGUUAACACCUUACAUAAACAUAAUCAUAAACCGAAGGAAAUCCACAUCACUACAAUAUUAACUAAACUACAGAUCUUAUUUGGAUUUCACCAGUUUUUCCCCUAAUGUCCUUUUUCUGUUUCAGAAUCCAAUCACACAUUGCAUUUAGUUGGCAUGGCUCCUUCGUCUUCUCCAUUCUAUAACAGUUCUUCAGUCUUUCUUUGCUUUACGUGAACUUGACGCUUGACAAGAACACUGGUCAGUUAUAUCUUACAUAGAAUGUCUCUCUCAGUAUAGGAUUCCCUGACGGUUUCUCUGGAGUAAAUUGAGGUUAUGUUUUUGACAACACCACCGUAUAAGUAUGCUGUACUCUUCCCAGUUCAUCAUUUCAGAAGAACACCUAUUUAACUUGAAGUUUGCUGCAAAGGAACUUAAUAGGAAUGCCAAGAAAUGUGAUAAAGAAGAAAAGGCUGAAAAGGCCAAGAUUAAAAAGGUAAGUAAUUUUUUUGUGUGUGUGUGGUAUGCAGACCUCUCACUGUUGUGGCCUCUCCCGUUGCAGAGCACAGGCUCCAGACACGCGGGCUCAGUGGCCAUGGCUCCUGGGCCCAGCUGCUCCACAGUAUGUGGGAUCUUCCCGGACCGGGGCACGAACCCAUGUCCCCUGCAUCAACAGGCGGACUCUCAACCACUGCGCCACCAGGGAAGCCCCAAGGCCAUUCAGAAAGGCAAUACAGAAGUUGCAAGACAUGCUGAAAAUGCAAUCCGCCAGAAGAACCAAACAAUUAAUUUCUUGAGAAUGAGUGCUAGGGUUGAUGCUGUGGCAGCCAGAGUUCAAACUGCAGUUACAAUGGGCAAGGUAACCAAGUCCAUGGCAAAUGUAGUUAAGUCUAUGGAUGCUACAUUGAGGAGUAUGAACCUUGAAAAGAUUUCUGCCCUGAUGGACAAAUUUGAACAGCAGUUUGAAACACUGGAUGUUCAAACGCAACAAAUGGAAGACACAAUGAGUAGCACUACAACCCUAACAACACCACAAAACCAGGUGGAUAUGCUGCUUCAAGAAAUGGCAGAUGAAGCUGGGAUGAACUAUCACAGAGACUUGCUCGUCUACGUGAUCAAGUGUAAUUUAAAGAACUGGCGCUUUUGUUUACUUCACUGGCUUCUGAAAUAUUUUCUGUGUAUGUAUAGAUAAGUUUCACUCCAAUUACAAUAAGAAUGCCAUACAUUACAGAAUGCUUAACACUAUUUGUAUAUAAUGCUUUCUUUUACCUUGCUGUACUUUCCAGUACUUUAAUUCCAGAGAGUUUCCACCUUGACAGAUUUUACAGUUUUGUAUAUUAUGUUGAAAAGUGCAAGAGACGGGUUUUUGUAGGUGUCUUAGACUGAGCUAGCAUUAACUUGUUGUAUAUGAAAUAUCUUCCUCAAAAAUUACAUUAAAAAAUCUAGGACCAAAGUACUACAGAAUAAAGUACUUUAUACAGAAUAAAGUAUAGAAUAAAAGUUUUGGUUUCUUUUUAACUCAAGGUAGUUUUAAAUCUCUGUCUACAUUCACAUGUGAUGCAUAAAAAUAAAAACAGGGAAAAUAUGUUUACUUAAUAUGUUUACAUAACCAAAAACACCUCAUUUAGCGUCAUACAAUGGACAGUGCUACUUUUUGUGUUUUAUGUUUGUUUUUGCUAUUCAAGCAGAAAUUCAGUUGACUUUUAAUAUGUAUUCAUCAACUUUUAAAUUUAGAUUACUAUGAGAAUCUUUACCUAGUAAUUUAAUGACUAUUAAUUGAAUUCCUUAAAUAAAAGAUUUUUUCAUUGAUAAAAAAUCUGCAAAAUUAAAUCAAAGAAAUUAAGGUUUGCUCAUUAAAUAUUUUUCUCUUUGGUAAAUAUCACUGUUAAGACUCACCAAGAAAUUCAACAUUUCAUACUUUUAAAUGAAAGUGAAACACAUUUUUAAUGAUUACCCAAUUUGCACUCAACCCUUGUUAGGUUGUAUUUUAAAAGGAGAUUAAUUUGCAUGGCCUUAACAUCAUUUACAUUUCUCACAGAAUUGUUGAUUGGUUUUCAAAAAUCUUGGCCUGUGUUUUUAAACCAACCAACAAAAAAUAACAAAACAAAAUUGAACCAACUCAAGUUACAAUUAUUGUUGAUCCUUGAACAACGUAGAGGUUAUGGGUUUCAAGCCCCCUUUGCAGUUGAAAAUCUGCGUAUAACUUUAUAGCUGGCCCUCUGUAUCUGUGGUUCCACAUUCGCAGAUUCAACAAAACACAGGUUGUGUAGUACUGUAGUGUUUAUUGGAAAAAAUCUGUGUAUAAGUGGACCCACACAAUUCAAACCUGUGUUGUUCAGGGGUCAACUGUACUAUAAGUCCUGGUUAAAUGUGUUCAUUCUUUUAUCUUAAACAACUCUCAUAACUGGAAGAAAUAAAGUGGAAAAUAAAUAAAUUGGAAUAAAAUGUUUUGCCCAGCUAUGCAAAUAACUUCCAGCCUAAUGGAGGUCAGGAGCAUAACAUACAGGGUGGGCAGAAAACUCAUAAGAUUGUAAAGAAGACUAGACUCUUGAAGGCCAGGAUUCUUGGGGGAAAGUAUUUAAUGACCAGCUGUACUACUUGCCAUCUCCCCAGGAAUAUCUAUAUUUUACCCAACUAAGAUGAACAAAUUAACAUGUGCCUGCACUUCUCUGAUGUAGCAGUCUCAAAUGUGGAGAAGUGACCAAGUUAGAUUUUAGAAAGUGUACUACUAAUCUAGGUUAAGUAGGUAAAGUGUUUUUCCUUACUUAAUGUAUGAUUGAUCCAUGAAAGAAUGCCAAUAUUUCAUGAAAUUCUAUUAAGAGCACCUCUGUUUAGGCAUUCUUCGUUCAAAGUGCAAUUAUUGGAGGCUCUUUUUCUUUUAAUUUUUAAAUUUAAUUUAAUUUAUUUUUUUAUACAGCAGGUUCUUACUAGUUAUCCAUUUUAUACAUAUUAGUGUAUAUAUGUCAAUACCAAUCUCCCAAUUCAUCACACUGCCACCCCCACCCCCCCCGCCGCUUUCCCCCCUUGGUGUCCAUACAUUUGUUCUCUACAUCUGUGUCUCUAUUUCUACCCUGCAAACCGGUUCAUCUGUACCAUUUUUCUAGGUUCCACAUAUAUGCAUUAAUAUAUGAUAUUUGUUUUUCUCUUUCUGACUUACUUCACUCUGUAUGACAGUCUCUAGAUCCAUCCAUGUCUCUACAAAUGACCCAAUUUUGUUCCUUUUUAUGGCUGAGUAAUAUUCCAUUGUAUAUAUGUACCACAUCUUCUUUAUCCAUUCGUCUGUUGAUGGGCAUUUAGGUUGCUUCCAUGACCUGGCUAUUGUAAAUAGUGCUUCAAUGAACAUUGGGGUGCAUGUGUCUUUUUGAAUUAUGGUUUCCUCUGGGUAUAUGCCCAGUAGUGGGAUUGCUGGGUCAUAUGGUAAUUAUAUUUUUAAUUUUCUAAGGAACCUCCAUACUGUUCUCCAUAGUGGCUGUAUCAAUUUACAUUCCCACCAACAGUGGAAGAGGGUUCCCUUUUCUCCACACCCUCUCCAGCAUUUGUUGUUUGUAGAUUUUCUGAAGAUGCCCAUUCUAACUGGUGUGAAGUGAUACCUCACUGUAGUUUUGAUUUGCAUUUCUCUAAUAAUUAGUGAUGUUGAGCAGCUUUUCAUGUGCUUCUUGGCCAUCUGUAUGUCUUCUUUGGAGAAAUGUCUAUUUAGGUCUUCUGCCCAGUUUUGGAUUGGGUUGUUUGUUUUUUUAAUAUUGAGCUGGAUGAGCUGUUUAUAUAUUUUGGAGAUUAAUCCUUUUUCCAUCGAUUCGUUUUUUUGCUAAGUACUCACUAUUCAUAUGUAAUGUUUCCUAUUGUAAAAGAGAGCAUGUAUAAAUGAAGAUUAUUUUCACUGGUUAAUGAAAUGAGAAAUUACUUUUUUGCUAUGUUUGGGUUAAACCUAUUUAACUUUCUUGGUAAUUCAUAAUUUGACUAUAUGAUGUGACUUCAAUGUGGUAAUAUUCCAUUUUGUUUAUCAUUGAUGCUUUGUCUUUUCUACUUAAAGGGUAAGUUUAUUACAUUUGGAACAUCCCAGAGAAGCAUAGAAGAGAUUAUUACAGACUAAAAUAUCUGUGAAAUAGAGUUUUCUUAUUUUCCAUUGGUGGGAAGUAAAUAACUGUUAGUAAACAACUGUUCCAAGAGAGUCUUAAAUUGGCUCUAGUGUAGACUGUAGAGGAAAAAGCCCCAGAUCUGAUCUACAGUGAUUGAUUUUUUUUUCUUUUUUGACUUUAAUGCAAAUUGUUAAAUUGCAAAUAUGGCUUACUUACAUCUAGAAAUAUAAAUGACUCUGAUCUAAAGAUAACUGCUCAUAGUUUUAUUUAACAACCAAAUCAGAUUUGUCUUUUAAAACUAUUGUUCUCUGAUAGACACAAAGUUUUGCUUUUGGAUUCAUUUAUUAUCUUAUAAUAAAUUUUUCUUUCUUACAAUUUGUUCUUAGACCAACAGCCCCACAAACUGUGAACUCUUUCUUACCUUGUUAGUACAAGUUAUAUUUCUACUUUGAUAAGUGAUUCAAUCAUUGAAAAGUAACACAUCAAACUAUACUAUCAUGAAAAGUAGACAUCACAGCACCUUUCAUUUACCUUCAGUUUUAGUUCCCUAUCAAUCUACUUUUCUCCAGAUUUUUUUCUCCAGAUUUUUUUCUAAGUAUUUGAUUAUAUCAUUUGGUAAAAUGUAUAAGGUUAAAAGCUCAGAAACAUUUUGCUGCACCUUCACCCUUUAGACGAUGUGGCUAUUAUUUAAAGCAAUCUUAAAAAGGACCCCUGACAAAAAUUAUAUCCCUGCUCCUAUAUGCCUCAAUGCCAAAACUUUUCCACUUUCUUAUGUAAGCAUUGUAGGCUGGAUUAUUUUAACUGCUAAUUUAUUACCAGUCAUUGCUACAAAGAAACAAAUAGGAGAUAGAACAGGUAAAUUAUGAUGAGAGAUGAGUUUGCUUUACAAUUUAGAAAGUUAUGGGAAAGGACAUCUGGAUGGACUAUCUGAAGAGAGUCUUAAGGGUACUAGUUAUCUAUAAAGAAAAUAAGAAAAUGAUUGAUAGGUUGCCAAAGACAAACCUAGCCUAGUUUUCGGUGGAUUUGCUCAAGUUAGUAAAUAACUGUUAGUAAAUAACUGUUCCAAGAGAGUCUUAAAUUGGCUCUAGUGUAGACUGUAGAGGAAAAAACCCCAGAUCUGAUCUACAGUGAUUGAUUUGGAUUUCUAGCUCUAGCUCUGAUACUGACUUCUAACUUAGAUAAUUCUCUUACCCCCAUCUGGGCCUUAUAUUCCCUUUCUACAAAUCUUUUUAGAGUACAUUGGUUGCAUAAACUGAAGUGAGUUGCUGUAGUACAGUACAUUACCUCCAUUCUUUUCUGUUUUCUACUAUUCACCCAAAAGAUUGCUAAAUGCAGUAUUAAGAUGUUAUGAGUCUUAGAGUCUUUUGUCUCAGGAGAGCUAGAGAACAUCUAUUCCACCCCGUAACUCAUUUUACAGAAGAGGAGACCAGAGAGGUUCAGAUCUACCACAUUUGUUGGGCAUCUACUAUGUGUUAGGAAUGGUUCUGGGUACUUUGAUAUAUUGUGGUUUAUUUAAUCCUCAAAAUCCUGUGAGCAGUUGGAUGAUUGUUAUCCCAAUUUUUAGAGAACAGGAAAAUAGGCUGAUAGUUGAAGUAGAUGGUGAAGAGUCAUACAGCAACUGAGAAACAGAGCUUGGAUUUUAUUACUGAUAUGUCUGACUUCAAAUUCAGUGCUCAUGGCACUGUACUAUACUGGAUUCUAACUGGAAUUACAAGAGAAGUCUUGUUAUACCUCAUCCACAUUCUAUUCCCAAUAUAUAAUUUUCUGAUUUUAUUGCUGAGACAGUGAAAGCAACUAAUCAAAUUCUUGACUAGAGGGUAGUUCAUCCUGAGACAAAUAGGUGUUCUAGGUGAAGAUUGGUUCUUUCUUCUCCUAUUUCUUUCUUCUCCAGUUUGAGCUAUCAGAAAAAUAUGAUUUUAUAUUUCAGUUUGGAAAUCAUAGCCAUUUUUCCAUAAGUUAACAAAUGGAAUCAAUUUGUUGCAAAGUUAACUAAGUUGUAUUCAUAAUCAAGCUUUUCAUCUUCCACACUGGGAAAUGCUCCCAAGCAAAAAUAUAUAUUGGUCAAAGUCAUUUGACUAAAAUUACAAGAAUAAAAUCUAUCCAGCCUACUACCUACUGAUGAUACUGUCUAUAUUCUUGUCAGUAUACUACUUCUCUACUGUACUAGCAGGUACAAAGUUCUUGAAAGUGCCUCACUACAAAUAAAUGACUGUUGUGCCUGUGGUGCUUAAUAAUUUAUAUAUUAACCACUAACUCAUGAGUUAUUUCAUCUGCCAGACAGGUAAAAGCCUUCCAGCCUUCAGUUAGAAAAGUCCAAAUAGAAUGUUAAAGGAAAAUUUAUGCCUAGUAAAAUAACUUAUUCUGUUUAAUGUUUGUUCUCUAACCUAGGGAAGGAAAAAAUGUCUUCAUUCAAUGUCUUGCUUGGUCAUUAAAAUAAAAUU